GAACGCGCCUUUUGGGAGGACGGGAGACUUGACCGCAGUCCAGCGUCCGCUCUACUUCAGCACUGCCGCUUUAAGAUUCGGGAUUUGGGAGUGACGCGGAUAUGAAAGCUAGUUUAUCCCUUCACUUCGCUCUGGAAACUAUUUAGACAAAUUAAGCAGACGUCUAUGGGCAAUAGGUGAAAGCUGAUUAUGAUGUUCGAUGCGCCUAUAAACCGAGCGAAGUGAGUCAGGAGAGCGUCGUGGUCACGGCCUAGUUAUCACCCUGGAUUAUACGUGCCAGGGCCCCCGAGCUGCUGGGAUAACUUUGGAGAAGUUCUUUGUACCGCGGACUGGGAGGCAGCCUGGGCGACAACAUGGACUGGGGCACGGAGCUGUGGGACCAAUAUGACAUCAUUGACAAGCACACACAGUCCGGCCUGGAGCUGGUGGAGAAGUAUGUGAAGUUUGUAAAGGAGAGAACAGAGAUCGAGCAGAACUAUGCCAAACAACUGAGGAAUCUUUCAAAGAAAUAUAACCUGAAAAGAAGCAGCAAAGACGAGCCAGAGUGCAGGCUGUCCAGUUACCAGGCGUUUCUGGACAUCCUGAACGAGAUGAACGACUACGCCGGCCAGCGGGAGCUCAUCGCCGAGAACAUGAUGAUGAACAUUUGCAUCGACCUCACUAAAUACCUGCAGGAGCUCAAGCAGGAGCGAAAGACGUUUCUGAUGGAGGCCAAGAAGGCCCAGCAGUGUUUGGAGAGCACCUACAAGCAGCUGGACAGCAGUAAGAAGCGUUUCGAGAGGGAGUGGAGAGAAGCGGAGCGUGCGGCGCAGUACGCGGAGAAAACCGAUCAGGAUAUCAACGCCACGAAAGCGGACGUGGAAAAAGCCAAACAGCAGGCUCACAUGCGAGCGCACAUAGCGGAGGAAUGUAAGAACGACUACGCAGCUCAGCUCCAAAAGUACAACAAGGAGCAGAACCAGUUCUAUUUCAGCGACAUGCCGCUCAUUUUUAACAAAUUGCAGGAUCUGGACGAGAGGCGAGUGCAGAAGCUGGCGCAGGGCUACAUUUUGUUCUCGGACACAGAGAAGCACGUGAUGCCCAUCAUUAGCAAGUGCCUGGAAGGCAUCACCAAAGCUGGCACUAAUGUCAACGAGAGGAACGACUCCGUGGUCGUGAUAGAGCAGAACAAGUCCGGGUUCGAGCGUCCUGGGGACUUGGAGUUCGAGGACUACAGCCAGGGCAUCAACCGAGCCUCGUCCGACAGCAGCCUGGGCACGCCUAAGAGCCACGUGGACCUCCCUGGAAAGAACAAGAGCAAAAACUUCUGGCUUUUCAGCAAAAGGAGCAAGUUGUCUCCCGCCACCCUCCCACCGUUCUCCACACCCCCCGCCCCCUCGCCCGCUAAUGGACCCCCCUCCCCCAAGUUUGGCCGGGACCCCCUGUCGUACUGUUUGAAGGAGAUCAAUAAGACAGUCAAACCGAGAAUCUCUUCCUUCCGGACGCUCAGGAGAUCGAAGUUUACUCCGGAGAGGAUCAUGCCCACGGUGACUGAGGACUUCGCCCAUCUUCCUCCAGAGCAACGCAGGAAGAGAUUACAACAGAAAUUAGAAGAGAUUCACAAGGAGUUGCAAAAGGAAGUAGACCAGAGCGAGGCCCUGGGGAAGAUGAAAGAUGUGUAUGAAAAAAACCCUCAGAUGGGGGACCCUGCUACUCUGGCAUCUCAAAUUAACCAGACGUCUCAGAAUAUAGAACGGCUCAGAGGAGAGGUCAAUAAGUAUGAGACCUGGCUGGCUGAAGCAGGGGGUCGAGGGGAAACGUUCCGCUAUAAAACACAAACGUUUAACAAUAACGGAGCCCACGAUACAAACAGCCCUGAUGGAGCGCAGACAGAUGACGCCACUCCCGAUCCCUCUCAGGCCAUCUAUGCCGAGUUUGAUGACGACUUCGAGGACGAGGAACUUUCUGCUCCUAUAGGAAAAUGCACGGCCAUGUACAACUUCCCUGGUGCCAGCGAAGGGACAAUCUCUAUGCAGGAAGGGGAGGAGCUGGCUGUGGUGGAGGAGGACAAGGGGGACGGCUGGACCCGCGUUCGUAGGAACAAUGGAGAUGAAGGCUACAUACCCACUUCCUACGUCACCAUCACGCUAAACAAAUGACACGUGAGGAGGAGAGAUUAACACUUUACAGAACUGGAUUCAGUCGUUCCCAGAGGACCAAUCACAGAGAGACCCUGCACUCUGGGCUGGACCUCUGGCGUGUGCAGGAAGAGGGUCUGGAUCAGAUGCUUUGAUUAUUGGUGCCCUACAUGGGCAGAGGAAUGGUGCUAACAUGGCUUCCUCAUGGCUCACUAGCAGUUACCUAAGCCACAGAAACCAUUAUUUUAUGAUCUGACAGUUUUUGGUCUUGCUUAAGUCUUGCAUAUAGGAACCAUAGGAAAAGGAAGAGUUAACACCAGUUAUACUAGGAGGAAGUGAGCUCAGCUGUUGCAUUUAAUAUCUGACCUGCUCUGACCCACAACGCUCACUCACCCGCUGAGCCUAGACUCUAAUUUGUGUGAGAUGGACAACUUUUAGGCUUCAAUAGCACUUGCAGAGACAUAUGUCACUUUGCUCAUGGAUGAACAUGAGACCUGGUGGGUCCUCGAGGGGGCGGACAAGGUCUGAGUGUCAAAUGCUCUGCUGUCGUGGUGAAACACACACGCGAUCACUAAAAUGCUCAUCUGUUCAGACAAUCGCAGCCAUAUCGCCAGUGGGUGCUUUUCAUCUAUAGCAGUAACAAGGAUAAAGUACAGUAGCUGUUGCUUGAAGUUUGAUUAGCUGACCAUUGUACUAAAAUAAUUUAUUACAAAUGUGUAUGUUUUAUGAAUUCUAUUUACUAGUGACAGAAGUUAAAUAUGUAUUAAGGAUGUUCUCACGUUUCUCCUUGCACACACAGUGGACUGUUUGUAGCCACAAAAGGGAGUGAAUAAUGCACAUGUGUAAUGUGCUAGGACUGUUGUAUUUAUGUAAUAAAUAAUAUAUAUUUUAGCUAUCACAACACCACUAUUGUCUUAUUAGCAUUUUAACCAAUAAACGUUAGUUACGGCGUGAGACAAACAAAUGUCUGCAAUUAUGUAGCUAGCUAAUAUUGUUUUGUUUGGAUUUACUUUACACCUUUUAAAGUUCGUCCUGUUUUUACAUCGUUAGAGAUUCAACACGAGGCAGUUAUUGCUCAUUCGUCUUCGGUGCCUUUCUGGAUAAGCAUUUUGUCUAUAUACCGUUUUUUCAUUUAUUGUUUUUUUUAAGAUGAAAUAAAAUUAAAGCACAUUUCAAAGAUGGAACUGGUCAAGUUAUUUCUCUGCUUAUAAAUAAAUGUUUAUUUGUAGAUGGGUUUCUUGUUUUGUCACAUUUUGAAAAAAGAUUGGAUUUUGUAAAAUAGAAGUAAAUAAAGUCAUUUUCAUAUAUAAUA